GUCGUUUACUGACGAACUGAUACGAUAGAAAAUAUUUUUGUAGAAAAAAAAAAUAAAAUGAAUUUCGUGGGUGUUUUGUUGUUUAAUAUAAUGCUUCAAAAAUCGUUGGGAGUAAUCGCUUCAUCUGUCAUCGAGCAAACUAAAAAAUCCGACAUACUGAUCCCCGAUUAUCGCAAUCAUCUGCCGCAGCCUGAUAAUAAAAAAUCUUCAAACGAGAUUGACAAGAACGGAAUUGAGGCGAUCAAGUCUUUCAACAUGAAUGGCAGUAAUCUCCGUAAAAUACCAUCUCAUUCAUCCCUAUUACAAUUCUAUCCACAUUCGAGGUUUCGGUCUGUAGUACAUAGUAGUGGGCGUCAUCAUCCAGAUGCCAUAACCUCCAUCGACGACGUUCCAGCUCCAGCAAUUCAACAAUUCGGGAAUUCCAAUAAUUUUGACGUAAAAAGUGAUAAACUCAACCUCAAAUCUAUAAAAAGUAAUGAGAAAGUCACUCCAAGUCCAUCUUCCAGCAAUUUCGGACCCUCGGGCAUUUUGACGGGAAAUUCAAAUUUUUCAUUCGGGAAUUCUAAUGAUUUUGACGUAAAAAAAAAUAAACUUAACUUCCAAUCCAUCAAAAGUAAUGAAAAAGUCACUCCAAGUCCAUCUUCCAGCAAUUUCGGGUCCUCGGGCAUUUUGGCGGGAAAUUCAAAUUUUUCAUUUGGGAAUCCCAAGAAUUUUACUGUAAAAAGUGAUAAACUUAACAGCAAAUCUAUCAAAAGUAAUGAAAAAGUCACUCCGAGUCCAUCUUCCAGCAAUUCUGGGCCCUCGGGAAUUUUGGCGGGAAAUUCAAAUUUUUUAUUCGGGAAUCCCAAUAAUUUUGACGUAAGAAAUGAUCAACUUAACCUCAAAUCUAUCAAAAGUAAUGAGAAAGUCACUCCAAGUCCAUCUGCCAGCGAUUUGAGGCCCUCAGAUCUUUUAGCGGGAAAUUCAAAUUUUUUAAAUAAUUAUUUAUCUCAAAAUCGUUUUGUCAGUAAUAAUAAUGAUAAUUUAAUAUCAUUAAAUGACAAAAAUGUAAAUUUGUCAUUUAUAAAAUCAUUAUUAACGAAUAAAGUAAUAUAUAAACUUUUAGAAUUCAUUUUGAGUAUUAUCGACGUAAUCAUGUUAUCGCCAUUUCAUGUGACGUAUAAAAAAAUCCAACCUCAAUCUUUAGGAUUAAAUGAUGAAGUAAAGCCUACGGAAAGUAGUUUUGUACAGAGGGUUGAAAUAAAUCCUGAAAUGGAAGUUGUAGAUAAAACACAAAAUAAAUUAAAGCAAAAUAGUUGGAAACAUGAUAAAGCUUGUAACAAAUCUGUAAAACUACGCAACUCUGAAAAGGUUAAAACAAAGUUUAAUGUCAAAAACUCAUCAACGGUAAAUGCACACAAAACAUUGUUAGUUGACUAUUUAAAUAUGAAUAGUUUGUCUAAGAUAAGACAAGUAAACUCUCAACGUAGUAGACUUGACAGUUGUAAAGGCAGUUCAAGACAAGUUUGUUCUUCGACAACUUCACUUCUUCAAUCUUCACAACUAGAGCACAAAGAACGCGAUAAUAUUGAUAAUCAAUAUCUGCAUAAAAAAAUUUUUAUAAAUAAAGAUGUGGGGACUAAGUCACACAAGUGCAAGUCGAAGACAAACAAAGUUGACCUCAAAAAAUCGUUACCUGUUGAAUUUGAACCAACUCGACUUGUUGAUAAUCAUAAGCGGGUUUUCGGGAACUUUUAUUCUAAUAAAAAAAAUAUAAAUUAUAAUAAAAAGGAAGAAUUUAAAUUUUUAAAAAAGAAUUCAGCGGGUGAUGGUAUGAAUGCUAAUGGAAUACGAAAUUUGAAAUUAAAAUCAAUGAAAGUAAUUAUAUAUUAAUGCAAUGGACAAUAAAAGUGAGGUUAUAAAUGGCGGGAAUUUAUAUAGUAAUUAUAAUUAUGAUGGAAUGAGAAGUCGAGUGAAUUUUAUUAGUAUAGUAAAUAGAGCAACAACUCCACGUAGUGGGACAAUUAGAGAUAAAAAAAAUCUUUUGGCAGUUCGCUGAUAAAAAAGGCUAUUGAUUUGGGUUUACGAGGCAGUAGUUUAUUUUAUCGUUUUGAUGAUACGGGUGAUAGAGAAGUUUUAUAAUUAAAUAUUUUUUUUUCG